CACACACACACACACAUACACAUCCCCCCCUCUCCCCUCUCCCCGACACGCCGCCCCGAUGGAGAUCCAGAGCUCCGCCUCGCUCCCCUCCUACCAGGACCUCUCCUGGCGACUGGAUAUCAAGACUGCCUCGCGCUCCAUCCGCGGGCAGAUGACCCCGGUCUUUGUGUUGAUGUUUGUCCUGGACAAGCCGGACGGCACCACCGAAACCCGGGUUGUCGAGGCCGAUCCCAACACCAUCGGCCACCUGGCCCAGACCCUGGAGCUGGCCCUGCGGGAGUCCUCCUCGGCCCACUCGCGCCGUGUCACCCGCAACAUCCACUAGAGCGAUCCUCCUCCGGUGGCGGAGAGGCCCGACGCGUCGCGCCGACCACGCCCGGCCCCUCCUCUCCCACUGCCGGCAUCCCUCGCCCCACAAAACAUGCCACAAUAAAUCACACAAAAGCUCCGA